CCGUGCUCUCUCUCUUUUACUAUCACUUCAUGUCCGUAUUGCCUGGCUAGAUUUUUUCGUAAGACUCCAUAUGGGCGCCUACUACGACGAGAUUGAAAUAGAAGACAUGGUGUGGGAUGCUUCGAAGCGUGUCUAUCACUACCCAUGUCCCUGCGGAGACCGCUUCGAAAUUUCACGACAGCAACUAGCCAAUUAUGAAGAUAUUGCUACCUGUCCCAGUUGCAGUCUCAUCAUUCGUGUCAUUUAUGAUCCUCUGGAUUACGAAGAUGAAGAGGAGGAUGAGGAGGAUGAGAGCGGUGGCGAGGGAAAGAGCGGGAGCAGCGAUGACGAGUAUUUUCAGGAUGCUAUCGAAAAACUUACCCUUGGUGAUGCCGAGGAAGACAGUAAGGCAUGACUAGACCGCGACUACUGGAUCUGUAUCUUUUUACUUUACAUAUGCCGAUGUAUUUGAUUUUUCCGUUUCGUUCAACAUGUAUGACUUUAAGUCUAUGUCGCCCGACUACAAACGUUGUCGUGCCCGCGAUUGUGUUCGACGAAUGUCCGACAGUCGGCUGGUCUGCUGACUGCUUCGUGAUGCUGGUUCUCUUUUCAUGUCCCCUCUGCACGGCUUGGCCAUAAUCGGUAAGGGAGGUUAUGAAACUGUACUUUGUUACCGCGCGGAAAGUACGGCUCCUAUCCAUAUCGCAAGCCCACAUACCUUCUGGCUGUGGACUCUCGGAACUGAGCUAUCGUCUUUGUUUCUGGACGUUAACGCGCCUUCUCAGGAGCUUUCUCACUGACUUCCUUCUCUUCUAAUGAAGUCUCAUUUCUUUUCCC